AUGCCGAUCGAUUUGCAACACUCUCAGAGCCACCUUACCACCGCCCCACCACCUCUACCGCCGAGACCCACUCUCGACAUCACCCUCACUGCCGCCAAAAGCCCAAGCGACGUCCGCACCAUCACGCUCUACAGACACGAUCCCAUUGUCAUCGGUCGCGCUUCUCGUUCCAGAGACAAGAAUCUGGAGCCUUCACCUAGCAACACACUCUUUGACUGCCCCGUGGUCAGCCGCUAUCACGCAGAUCUCGAGCUUAUCAGAAGACCGCCUCCUCUCGACGACGCAGUCAUCAUCAAAGAUAUCGGUAGCAUGCACGGAACCAAGGUCAACGACCGUAUCUUGGAGGAGGGUGAAGAGCGUCUUUUGAAGAACGGUGACCGCAUCAAGCUCGGCGAGAAGGUGACGCGCGGUGACGAUUCUCACGAUGGUGUCGAGCUCAUCUACGCUUCGAUGAAUCCAGGCGAUUCGCAGACCUCGUACACGAUGCGCGCCAGCCAGCCCACCGGCACCUUCCGUGUUCCAUCCCCCGAGGCAGACGACUCUGAUGUGCAUAGCGUUGGCGGUGCUUCCGUUAGCGAGCGCAAUCAAUCGUCCUCGGCCAAGACCACUCCAGAGCAGGGACAGGUGAAGCUCGGGUCGCAACAACAGCCUAUCAACCUCGACGAUGCGGUGAAAACUCGCCCAGAAGCCACCGGUUCCCGCACGGAUGCAGAGAUCCUCCUCUCGCAGCCUUCACACACUCGGAAGUCUCCCCCUCGUCCUACAAUCUCUAUCCCUCGCCACCAAGACUCGAACCGAGUGGUUCCUGACACGUUCGAGGACAACAACGACUACUACCAAUCUGCCUCGGUGCACGACCCACAGUCGGCGAACUACAUUCCGUUGCUCAGCUCGUACGAAGAGCCCGAGAAGCACUAUGACGAGUCGAACUGGGGCUCUCAAUCUGACGCGGGUUUCGAUGACUACUCCUCAGACGGGAACCUCUACGAUGGGCGGGAUGUGAGUGAGGACGAGAACGAGUGCGUCGAGAAGCAACCGUCGCCAGAGCUUGGCUCGCCAGAUGACUUCGCUCGCUCUUCCUAUCCAACGCGCGAGUCGCACCCAGGAGUCUGGCCAGCUCGCUCCGACUCAUACGGGUGCUUCGCCACGCGGAGUGCGUCGCAGCAGUCGCAGCCAGCAACCAAGCCGGCGCCCUCGCACACGUACGCCCCACCACCCUCGGCCUUCAAUGCCAGUGCCUACUAUGGUUCUGGACUUCGCACUGACUAUCGCAACAGUAGCCGCUGGGAUGUAGAGCCAUCUGCGUUCUCGGUCCGACCCUAUGCCGCUCAGGACGACAGGGCCCCUUCCUACGGUCAACCUGCAUUCGGCUUCGGCAGCGUCACUGGCGCACCACGCCCCAAGACUUCGCCGUUCAGUCCCCUCACCCCUGAAAACGUCACCAGCAUCCAGCCGAACGUCUUCGGCCAUCGCUUCGAUGGGCCCAUCACAUGGACAGGUCCGGCCUAUGACAUGGCAACCGGCCCAACUCAGCGUCCAUUCGGCUCUGCGGGAGCGUUUCAGUCGCAAGAAGCCAACGCACCCACCACCUCCAACAAGAUCAACAUCUCCGACAUUGUUGAGAACAACACCAGCACGAAGAUGUCGACUGAGCCGCAGCCGUCUGCAAAGCCAGCACAGUCCGUUGGGGACCUCCUCGCCGGUGCCCGCGCCGACAUUAUUGACGCCAAUGCCAUGACCGCUUCCGCUUUCAACCAGGCCCUUCUUACUGCCGCUGAGGCCUUGAAAGCGCGUAGUAGCGGUAAAAAGCGCAAGGCCGACGACACGGCCGACGACAUGGCCGAUUCCAUCCCGAACGAAUCCAUCAACCUCGACGAGCUUGCCAGCCCGGUGUCACCCACCAACCCGUCUGGAUUGACAUCAUUUACAAGUGUUCGCGACGCAGACAUCGUGGCACCGCCGGCGAAGAAGAUCAAGACCGCUCCAAAGAAGAAGAUUGCAGUCACGAAGAAGAAGAGCAGAGUCGCCACGGCUGCGAAAAUUGCUGGCGGUACCGUGGGUGGUAUGGUCAUGGGAGGUGUGGCGACGAUGGCUUUCUUGUGCUCGCCGUUGGCGGAGAGGGCGAUUGAGUGGCUUGCUUAG